AUGGCUCCUACGUCUUCAGCUCAGCCUGGCAAGGCGGGCAAGAAGCUCUCUAGAGAACAGCAACGAAGGAAAGCCGACAGUAAGGCAUCCAAAAUCCGCCGGGUCCAGCUCGAUGCUAGCGGCAACCAGGCCAAUGCCAAGCAAAAAACGCUCAAGCAGAUCAACAAGAAUGUGGACAAGGUCUCGACUCGCUUUCGAUAUGCCUCUUUCAACCAGCGUCUUCAGGACGUUCACCUCGCACCCGCUGCUAUCAGCGCCAGCACCAGCUACCGACCGUAUUCCGGCCUCGACGCUCCCCUCGCAGCGUCUUCCACCAGCACCAGAAGCAGUGGAGCGGAAGCAUUGCACCUGGUUGAGAGUGGCGAUGUACAAGAUGACGAAUUGCCGCUAGACGAUGUCCUUGACGACGAGGACGCUUCUUCGUCACUUCACGCUAGGACAUCGUUCUCGCACGCGCUCCAAGCGUGGACCGAUCUCAACCUCUCCAACGCCUUCCACUCGCUCUACCGCCAGCUCAAUCCUAUAUCACAGUCGUUGCCGCAGCUCAUCCAUCAUCGCUCUACCAUCUCGUCGGUUCUCGCCACGACGCUUUCGGAACGUAGCCAAUGGCUUGCGUGGGAUGCAGCACUCGACCUCCUUCCUCGACUCGCCAAAGACUUGGGUUCUGAGUUCCUGCCCAUCUACCCGCUCAUGCUCAAGAGCGCAGUACACACCACCACCACAACAAAGGACACCACCAACGGAGACGAACGUGCUGCUGCCAACCUCGUCGAACGCGGCUUUCAAUCGGCCGCAUGGAUCUUGAAGGCCAUGAGCCCUUUUAUCGUCAGCAAGGAGUUUGCCAGACGCUCUAGCGACGACGAUGACGACGACGAGGAGGCUGCUGAAGUUGGUGUAGAUGUAGAGAUGGUCACCGACGAGGCAGAGGCAGGGGAGGUGGACGACCGCACCCGUCGUCUAGUCGAGACUUGGACCGUCAUUCGACCUUACCUCGGGUGGAAGGCCAUCGUCGCCAAAGAGGGUCCUGCACACGCAAUCACAUCCGAACAAGACGCUCAAGACGAUGACGAGGACAACGAGGACGAUAAUGAAGAGGAAGGAGAACAGGAUGCAAAUGCCGCAGAAGAGGUUGCAGCAGACAAGGCUGGCUUUGUCAACACCAAAGUGCAACGUAUCUCCCCCUUUACUCGACGAUUCGCAUCGGAGGCGUUCGCCCACCUUCUGCGCAAGACAAGAGGUCGUCAGCUGCAGAACAUCACAUCGCUCAUCCUCUCGGACCUCGAAACCAUGCUCUCAGACGAGGAUCGACACGUGCACUACCGCCACCAGCCCUCUCGUCGACCUUCGGUGCGCUUCUCUCGAGGUAUCGCCGGCAUCUGGGUGGAAGGAUGCAAGUCGCUCGAUCGACGCCUCCACUCCAAGUGCAUCUCGCUACUCAGCGUGCUACUGCUUCCCAAUCGCACAGCAGGCACUUCGUCAUCUGUCGACAAGUACCGACAUCUGACACGGCUCAUCCUCGGCCGCCUCACCAUCACCGCACUCGUCCACCACUGCAACUCAAGUCACCUGACGCCUGUACUCGAGUUUCUGUCGAGCCUCGUCGAUAGCAACCAAUGGCGGUUGUCACAAGGACACAGCACGACAGAGGCCCAGGACAUGGCUCACCUCACCGAGUCUGUCGAGUGGCUUGCGUGCGCCGUUGGUGUUAGGAAGGGCACCCGAGUUUCCGACCAAUUCAAGCCGGCGCUCUUUGCACUGCUUCUGCGUCUCUCGCCUCUGUUCCUCAACCCUGCCGUACAGACCUCGCAGGGUGAAGCGCUGCGCACUUCGCUCAUCUCACUCCUUGCCCUCUCGAUCCCAAUCGGUAGACUUCAAGAUCUUCUCGGUCCGGGGAUCAAGCUCGUCGACUCGGUCGCGCCUGUGUCUAGCGCCUCCAAGUCCAAGGAAUCCCUCGAACAGCGACAAGCCCUUUGGCCCGAGUUCAGCGGCCUCGUCGAAGCACUUGCACAGCCAACGCUCGAGUGGAGCGGAUUCAAACAAUUUGUUCUGCCCUCUGUUCUCACCUCGACCGCGGAGACUGUUGCCUUGGCAUCCACCUCUUCGCAAAGCAAAGAUCACGCAUUUACGCUACUCGAGCGGCUCGAACACCUUGGGCAGCUGGAAGAGCCUGGCGUCUCGCAGCCUCCAAGCCCUUUGACGGUUCGCUGGUCCAGGCAUGUCGCUGCCGAGAUCGGAGAGCGACUGGCAAAGCUCGUCUCGCUCUUCUGUGCCAACAAUUUCAAAGCGGGUGCGUCAAAUGCAAAGAAGGCGGCGCCACAAGAGCUCGCCCCACAGCACUCGCUGGAGCCUCUCGUUCCUGCACUGCGGCUGGCCACCGUGCCGAAGACAGCGUCUUCAGCCACAUUUGCCGGCCAGAUCGCCCAGCUCCUGUUGGACGGUCUUCUCUCCGGGUCCUCCUUCUCGUCUCAAGAGCAAUUACGUGCUAGCUACGACAAGAACAUCGUCAAUCCAGCCCUGCUGGCUGGCCUCUCGUUCGAAAGUCUUGCCAUCUUGCAAGAGCGAAGCUCGGGCAAGGACUUCGAAGCUACGGCCAAGCAACUCAAGGAAUGCCUGUCUAUUGAGCACGUAGUGCGCUGCGCUGCCUGGCACCGAGGCGCUCUCCGUGGCUUGAGCAGGUACCUAGCCUCUUGUCCGGCUCGUCUGCGCCCUCAGAUGCCGCAGCUGGCUGAAGUGCUUGAGCCGCUGUCGGGAGCGCUCAUGUCGUCGGAUCCCGUGAUUCGCCUCUCUGCACUCGAGGUCCUCUCCUUUAUCGAGGCAGAAGAGCUUGGCGGCAAUGGAACCUUCAUCGACAAGCUCGUAGAAGUCGAACGAUUGCCUCUGUCCGUCGAUUCCAUCCGCGAUCGUAAUGUACGCAUGCGAGGCGUCGGUCGCGAGCUCGGUCGAGCUGUCGCUGUCUACAAGGCCGCUCAAGUGCAGCAGCAUGCUCAGCGUGAUGCGUUGGUCUUGCGUUACCUUGUCGCCAACCUCAAAGUCAAUUUGCGCCCCGUCUGGGCCGAGGCGACCAAGGCGAUCUCUGACAUUGUCGAAUCCGGUCAGCGUGAGACCGAGGACGCCCUCUUCCGCAUCGCCAUUGCUGAGCUCGAAAGCGGUCGACAGCUCGACACUGCGGAGCUGCGAUCCACUCCCGCUGUGUGGAUCAAGUCUGCGGCAAGAGAGGAAGGCGAAGACAGCGAGACUGUGGGUGCAGAUGAGAUUGAACCCGACCGUCUUCUCCGCGACGAGAGCGAUAUUGCAGGUGUCGACGACGACAAGCAGUUCCAAGACGGCAUCUUGCUCGAAAGGCGCAAGGCUGUUCGCAGCUGCAUCCAGCAUUCUCGAACCAGCUCAGGUCUUGCCACCAAAAACGGCAGUGGCAGGAACGGCCUCACGACUACGCUCCAAGCCUGCGUCGAGGUUCAGCAGCCUGAUGCCAGACUCGACUUAGUCAACUACCGCCACCAGAUCCUCAAGCUCCUGUGCCAAGUCGCACCCAUCGUCGAGCGCAACAAUGCCCGCUUCGUCCACAUCUUUUUCAGGGACGCAGGGCCGCGCAACCUUGCCGGUGUUAUGCUUUCGCCGCUCGAUGAUGAUGACGAGGACGACGAGGACGAGCAGGAGGAUGCGGACGAUGAAGCUGGUAGUCCUGUCGGCAAGCAAGACAAGGAGCUGGAUCCAACAGCUAUGAACUUGGGCAAGAAGGACCGCCAGGCACAGCUCAAUGCCUAUCUCGAAGUGCUCGGCAAGCUCAAGAACCCUAAAGCCCUUUCGCGUUCGGACGAACUGCACACUUAUCUUCUCAGCCUGUGUGCUACCGCCGAAGUGUCGGUUCAAAAGCUUGCGCUGGAAGCCAUCCUGACCUGGAAGGAUGAAGCGGUGCUGCCGUACGCCACCAAGCUCAAGAACUUACUCGAAGCAGGCAACUUCCGUGACACUCUGACCACUUUCACGCUGUCCUCAGACUCCAACGUUGUGCAGCCUUAUCAUCGUCCUGUGCUCAUGCCUCUGGUCAUUCGUCUCCUGUUCGGUGCUCUGCUCUCGAGGCGUGGUAAUCGCACGAGCGGUGCUGGCCAGAGGGCUCGACGAGGUGCUGUGCUGGGUGCACUUGCUGACGUUGGCUCGGAUGAACUGGUGACGCUCGUCGAUCUCAUGCUCGCUCCUUUCGGCGAUCAGGCCCGCCCACCUUCCGCUGACGGUGACAAGUUCGAGUACGUUGUCAAAUCGCCCGUCGCUUCAACCAGACGACAAGUCGGUUAUCUGACCUUGCUCGGUGAGGUCGUCAAGCAGAUCGGUUCCAACCUCUUGCCUUACUGGGACCGCCUCAUCUCUGUCGCUCUCAAUCUCACCUACCAUGCCCAUCGAGCGGUCGUCCAGGUGCACAUCGACAGCACCGACGCUGUCACGUCUGCCGACACCCGCAAGCCUCUCACAGCGCGCACUUCGCGUUCUCGUCUGGUGCGCCAGGCUGGUUAUAAGCGACUAUGUGACUUCUUUGGUAAACCUCAGGCGGCAUCGCUGUUCCAGUGGGAUCGAUACUUGCCGGCCAUCUUUGCUGAACUCGUCUCGCCACGUCUCGAGGCGCUCAAGGUCGAGUCGAGCCAGAGCCCGUCUGCGCUGCUCGAGCUCUUCCAUGUCUGGUCGAGUCAGUCUGAGACUAUCCCUCUUCUUGGCACGUACGACAACGCGGUGCUGCCGAGCAUCUUUGCCAUCCUCGCAGCACCCACGGUCAAGCCAUCUGUCAUCGGGUCCGUGCUCGACAUUUCCGAACGAGUCCUUGCCGCCGCUGCUGCUGAACAGGACGCGAUGGAUGUCAGCUCGGAGGUCAACUACAGGAAUGGCUGCGAUUUGGCCUUGGUGGACCUGCUCGUGAGGCCACAUGCUACCGUGUUCCUCAACGGCGUUACUCCGCUGAUUGAACAGGCCUCUGCCGCCGUUGGUCCUGCUGCUGCUGCCAUGGGCCGAGACGAUCUUUUGCGUCGUCAGAUCUCUCUCCUCUCAGCUCUGUCACCCUUUGUCACUGCUCCUGAAGACGCCAGCCACCUCGUCACGCUUCUCAGUCCGAUGAUGCGCAAGUCCAACUUCCUUGUGCCGGAACGCACCAAGACCGAGCUGCUGGGCAUUUUCGAGCGUCUGCUCUCGCUCAUCCCAGAGUUCCAAGACGUGCGUUCCGAGCUCUUCCAAAGCACCUUUGCCAUGCUCAGCGGUCUCUUCUCGCUGCUCCGCACCGCAGAGUCGCGAAAGACGCUCAGCGCUGCUUUCAAUCGUUGCGCUGAAGUGGACCCGGAGCUGAGCCGCGUGGCAAAGUGGUGCUCGCAGCUCAAUGCGCUCAGCAAGCGAAGAGUGGAAGAACGUGAUUUCGAUCAGCUCUUUACUGCCUUCGACUCGAUCAACGCCAGCGAUGUGCACAUCAACGUCAAGGAGUGGCAGCCGCUCGUGCACAACUUCCUCUUCCUCAUCCUGGACCCCGAGGAGCUGUCGGUGCGCAGCAAUGCCAAUGCCUCGCUGGUCAAGUUCAUCAGCCAGACUGCAGCCGAGUGCAACGCGGGCGCAGAGGCCGAGGGCGAGACGAUGCAAUUGUUCCUGCAGGCGGUCUGGCCAGGACUCAAGAAGGCGGUGCGCAACCGAUCCGAGCUUGUGCGAAGAGACGUGCUGGCUGUCAUGUCUUCGGCAGCCGAACAGCUGUCUGGGUGCGAAGUCAUGGCCGAGCUCUCGGGUCUGCUUGGCGGCGGCGACGCGGAAGUUAACUUCUUCAACAACAUUCACCACAUUCAGUUGCACCGAAGGACGCGUGCAGUCAAGCGCCUCCCUGAGCAGGCAGCCAAGGGCGGCAUGAAGAGUCGUACCAUCAGCGACAUCCUUGCGCCUGUUCUCGGCCACUUCCUCAUGCCUGGAUCUGUCGAGCUCAACGACCACAACCUGGUCACCGAGGUCAUCACCAGCCUAGGCUUGCUGGCCGGCCAGCUCACCUGGGGUCCGUACAACGCCUUGCUCUGGCAAUACCUUCGCCUUGCCAACAAGAAAGGGGCGACAGAACGCAUCAUGGUUCGCACGGCCAUGGCCAUUUUGGACAAUUUCCACUUUGGUAUGGAAGAGGAGACCGUCAUAGAAGAUGAAGGCGACGACGCUGGAGAAUUCGAAGACGGAGCAGAGCAGGAGAACGAUGAACCUCGGGCUGCUGCCGAGGCUAGCAAGGAGGGCAAAGAGGCGGAACGCGUCAAGAUCCUAGAUGCCGUCACGUCGCGUUUGCUCCCCCGACUUAUGGCGUACCUGGACCAGAAGGACGAGACUGAGGCCUCGACACGUUUGCCCAUCGCCGUUGGUGUGGUCCGCGUUGCGCAGUGUCUCCCCGCCAAGCAACGCAAGACGAAGAUCUCCAAGCUUCUCAAGACGCUCUCGAACGUCUUCCGUGCCAAAGCGCAGGACACGCGCGACCUCGCGCGCGAGACCGCUUGCAAAGUCAUGUCGACGCUAGGUGCAAGCUUCCUGCCCGAGUUCCUGCGCGAGAUGCGACGUGCCCUCAUGCGUGGCCCACAAAAAGCCGUGCUGGCCUUCACCGUGCAUUCUGUGCUGACGCACCUGAUGGCGAGCAAAGACGAACCGCUCACCUCGCUCGACCAGGGUGCCAAGGAGAUCAUCGAGAUUGCGGUCGAGGACAUCUUUGGCGCCACAGCCGAUGACCGUGAAUCCAUCGGAAGCAAGACGACAUACCGUGAAGUUAAGCACAGCAAGAGCAUGGACACGUUCGAACAAGUCUCGCGCAUCGUCACGCCCAACCGGAUGGCCGAGGUGCUUCAACCACUGCGAGACAUUCUGCAGCAGACCGAGACCCCUAAGUCGGUGCGACAGGUGGAAGAGUGCCUGCGCCGCAUCUCGAGUGGUAUCCCUGCCAAUCCGCAGUUUGACUCGAACCGAUUCCUCUCGCUCUGCGCAACGCUCAUUCGUCGUGAUGCCGUCUUCUUGCAGGCCCGCAAACCCGAGGCCCGAGCGGCUUCGCGACACAAGUCGGCGACGCUGUACAACUACGCGGUCUUCCUCAAGCGCAAGGAUGUCGAAGAGGGCGCUACGGCUGGCAAGGACCACUACUCGCGCAACGCGCAUAAGUUUGUUGCAUUCGGGCUCGAGAUGCUCGUCACCUCGCUGCGUAGGGAGCGCUUCAACUUCCAAGACGAAGAGGUGCUGGCCAAGCUCAACAGCAUGGUCAACAUUGUUGGCGAAGCAGCGUAUGCCAACGAGUCGUCGGUACUGGAGCUGUCGUUGCGUGCGAUUGCCCAGAUCGUCAAGGUGCCCGUUUCGCGCGUUGACAAGGCUCUGCCCGUGUUCAUCAAGCAGAUCUUUGGCAUCAUCCAUCAAUACGGAUCGCCGCAGUCGCAGAUCGUCCAGACGGCGUUCCGCACACUCACGGCCAUCCUGCGCGAGUGCAAGCAGGCUUCGCUCUCAGAGACGCACCUCAGCGGUCUUCUCAAGCUCGUCGCGCCGGAUCUCGAAGAGCCCGCUGUGCAGAGCACGCUGUUCAGUCUGCUGCGUGCCAUUGUCAGUCGACGCCUGGUCCUCUCGGAAGUGUACGACAUCAUGGACAAAGUAGCCGAGAUGAUGGUCACCAACCAGAGCGACUCGGUGCGAGACCUGUGCCGCUCGACGUACCUCCAGUUCCUGCUCGACUAUCCGCAGGGCAAGCAACGCCUGCGCAACCAGAUCGGCUUCCUCGCCAAGAACCUGGCGUACGAACACGAGUCCGGACGACUGUCGGUGCUCGAGAUCACCGACGCCAUUCUCAACAAGUUCGGCGACGAGCUGCUGCAAGAGUAUGCCGAGAUGCUCUUCGUUGCGCUAGCCAUGGUGCUGGCUAACGACACCAGCUCCAAGUGUCGCGAGAAGUCGGCCGUGCUCCUCCGCACACUGCUGCGCGCGAUGACCGAGGGACAGCAGGACAAGACGGCGCUGAUGGUGGAUGCGUGGUCUCGACAGGAAGCCAAGCCGGAGCUGGCUCGAGUCGGUGUGCAGAUCUACGGCUUGCUGCUGGAAGCGCUACCGGAUCGUGGAGCAGGGUGGGCGGAUAAGACGCUUGAGGUGGUGACCAAAGUGCUCGUCGACUGUGCAGACGAUCUCGAAUCGUUGGAGAGCUCGGAUGCCGGAGUCUUCGGUUUCGAGGACAUGGAGUUGGACUGGCAGCUGCCGUACCACUCGCUGCAAACGCUCGGCCGGAUCACAUCUAUCAUUGGCGCCGACGAUGCUCGAGCAGCAAAGGCAAACGACGCAGUGCGCAGACUGCUGCUGUUCCCGCACAAGUGGGUGCGCAUCUCUGCCUCGCGCAUCCUUGGCGCUCUGUACGCGCUGCGCGAGCCCCAAGCGCCUGCAAUGGUACCUGUGCAGCAGGAUCCCGUUGCCAGUCUGCCCGCGCUGGUGGAUGCGGCCAAGAAGUCGUGCCUGCAGUUGCGAUCGGAUAAGCUCGAUGACACGUUGGCUUUGCAAGUGGUCAAGAACCUGGUGUGGAUCGGACGCUCGUUUGCGCUCUUCCCAGUUGAUCGACCUGUGCUUGACGAGGUGGAGAAGGAGGAGGCAGAGGUGGACGGAGGCAAGGAACAGUCGAUUGACGGGCACGCAGCCGAGGUGCAGGAGGAUGAGGAUGAGGACGAGGAUGAAGACGGAGACGAGGACGAGGGUGGGGACGACGAGGGCGACGAGGAGAUGGACGACGAAACGAUCGUCGAAGGCGCAAAACGGCACGAAGCGGCCAUGGAUGCACCCACUGCCAUCGCCAACGACCCUCUGCGCUGGCUCGUCUCGCGCCUCUCGUUCCAAGCGCGUCUCUCACUGGCGCAGUCCAAACCGCCUCACUGGACCAUCGCGCCGUCGUCGAUCCUGCGUUUCUUCGCGGCGCUCUCGUCCUCUCUCCCCACUUCCCUCCUGCCGCACCUCCUCCCCCUAUUCCUCUCGCCCAUCAUUCGGCUCGUCGAAUCCGCCUCCACCGCGCAAACCUCGCUGCACGGUGGUGAUCAGCUCAAGACGCUGGCGAUCGAGGUGCAGUCGCACCUGCAGAGCCUUGUCGACGUGUCGUUGUUCAACAAGACCUACUCGACGUUGAAGAGGCGUCAGCAGGCCAAGCGGGAGCAGAGGAAGACGGAUCGGCUGAUGAGGGGGAUUCAGAACCCGGAGUUGCAAGCCAAGAAGAAUGAGCAGAGGAACAGGAAGAACCAUGCCGCGAGGAAGAGGAGGAACCAGCAGCAUCUGGAUAAGCGCGAGGCGGGGGGUAGUGGAAAGACGAAGCGCGCUCGGAGGGAGUGA